ACUAACGUGAGAUAGACGUGCUUUCAUUUUAAUACAUGUUUGAGCAACUCUCUGACUUGUUGCUUUAGGUUGAUGUAGGAGGUGUAGAUGUGGAAGUUGACUGAAAACCUGUUUGUUUUUAUGUGUUAUAGAGGAAGCGUCCAUGGACCACCACAGUCCAGACUUUGUGCCUUCAGUGUUUACAUGCACUAAACAGAGCCCCAAGAAAAAACUGAAAAGGUAUUACGGUCGUAGAAAAAGGCGACGCUGUACAACCAAUGUGGAAAUGGAAGAAAAAACAACUCCGCCCAGAGUUGAUUCUCCUGUGGACCUUUUGAUGGAGGAAAUACAGACACCAUCAACUCCAUCAGUGCCACAGGAUGAAGAAACAUUGACUACAGAGCCUAAGACUGAAACUACACCGGUCAAAUCACAAGCAACAUCCAGUCCAUACAAGGCAUCACCAUCAGUUAAAGCUCCAGUGGGCAUCCCAAAACUUGACAAAAGAAAUCUGGUUGUACAGCUAAAACGUAUAUAUGUACCAGCAAACGGAUAUCAGUGUGAGCAGUGCGAUCAGAGCUUUACCAACGUACCACAGCUCAUGGAACACAAAAAACGGCAUAAUGAAGAAAGGUCCGUUAUCUGUGAAAAAUGUGGAAAUUAUUACACAAGUCAGGAAAAUGUCACUGAGCACCAGUGCGUCCCCGAGCCUUCCUUUCCGUGCAACGUGUGCGAUCGGUCUUUCAAUACAAGUCAUAACCUCAGGCGCCAUAAGCUGCUGCAUGUCAAGGAUGGCAGGAAGUGUCCGAUGUGUGGCGUACUGUUCUGUCAACGCCACAAUCAUAUUUUAUUCCUGCCAUUGGCAGAUUCUAUAACCGAGUAUGAAGAGGAUUCCACCACCAUUGAGCCGGAAAACCAUCUGCUGGUGAAGCCUGAGCCAAGACAGAAUGAUGACCUGGAAUACGAUGCCCGGAGCGACAUGACUGUUUUGCCUGGACCUUUAUCCAAGACCCGUAAGACCAAGACCCGUAAGACCCCAGCCUCACGUGCAAGAAUCUCCACAGAAAUCCAUGUACCAGUGUUUCUAAAACCUCCCUCUGCAUCAGGUCCACCACCACCAGUAUCCAAGGUCUCAAGGGAGCCUCAGACCUCGUCUCGGUCUAAGCUAUCCCAUCCCAACUAUUCUGCACCCUAUGUUCAGCCCCUUAUCCCUAAACAUCAAGAUCUCCCACCCUCACUGAAGCUGUUUUCACCACGGUACCUCACCUCAGCAUUUCUUCAGGUGAAAAGAAAUUAUGAAUAUAUUUUAAGCAAACCAAAGUGUUAACAAGAAUAUUGUGAAGGAGGAACAAGAAUAUUGUGAAGGAGGAACAAGAAUAUUGUGAAGGAGGAACAAUGCGAGCUGCCUCUGAUUUCUCCAGAUGAGAGAUGAGAUGAUGCUUACGGCCUGGAGAUUGUGAUCUGAUCUAAUAAGUGGGUGGAAAUCACUUUUAAAAACAAACGGUGAAUUAAUCAUUUACUUUGUUUCACUACAAUAUAACCUCGGCUGUCAAACUAGCCCAUUUGCCUCGGGUGUAAUGUUUUACAUUUUCUUACUACUUUUACCAAGACUAGUGCUUUGAAUCACAUUCUGUCAAACACAUGAGCGUUUGCUAGAUAUUGCAGUUAAAACGUGAGCUUAUUUGGGCUAAUUUUACUGCCAGUAAGCCACACUACUCUGUCUGUAUGACAUGAGGUGGUCACGUUUGUUUAGUUUUCCUAUGUUAUAUGUAUAUUGUAAAGGUAUUACUGCACACUAUUUUCUUUGACAGCUAGGCCUAAUCUGGUUGAGCACGUUGAUGUAUUUUAAUGUCUAAACUCAUAAUGCUGCUGUCAUUUUUUUUUUUAUCACUGACGAGAAAUUUAUUUUUACGCUGUUUGGUAAAUAACACUGUUCCAUACAAAAUAAUCUGUAACUUAACUGGAUUGUAAAACUGUUUAGCAGUUGGCAUUUGGACUGCAGGCUAUAUUAUGUGCUUUGCAUUUGAGUGUAAAAAAACAGUUAAGUAUGUCUGCAAAUGAACACCUUUAUUAAUGAUAUAAUGAAUAUCAUUAUCUAGCAUUGUAUCUGACAAGAAUUCUUAAAUAAUUCAGUUUCCCCAUCUACCUCAGGCACCGGGAACUGCACAGAACGUGCUUGUUGUUUAUAAUCGUGUGUUGGCACAUAAAGUUACAUUAUCCCCCACUAUGCAGCAAAUCCAGUAUUUGGGAUACGCAAGUAAAACAUCUUUUUAGUUGGCUCGUGUGUACUUAAAUCUAGAAGUGGCAGAAAGCACCUAACUAAAAACUGCUAAACUGUAAGUGAGAGAGACA